GCGGCGGGAGCGCCCGGGCAUGUGGGGGCACCUCUGGGGGCACCUCUGGGGGCACCUCCGGGCACCCCUGUGGGCUCAGGUGCUGGUUGUGCCCCGCAGGGCCGGGCUGCGGCUGCGGAGCGGCGGGAGCGGAGCCAUGAGGCUGCAGGCGCCGCAGUUCCAGGCGCUCUUCACGCCCGGGCUGCGCAGCGUGGCCGAGCUGUUUGAGAAGAAGAACUACGAGCUGAGGAUAGCAGGGGGAGCCGUGAGGGAUUUGCUCAGUGGGGUGACACCACAGGACAUCGACUUUGCCACGACAGCCACCCCGGCAGAGAUGAAGGAGAUGUUCACCUCAGCUGGAGUCCGUCUGAUCAACAACAAAGGAGAGAAACAUGGAACCAUCACUGCCAGGCUCCAUGAACAGAAUUUUGAAAUUACCACUCUUCGAAUAGAUGUUGUCACCGAUGGACGACACGCCGAGGUGGAGUUCACCACUGACUGGCACAAGGAUGCUGAGAGGAGGGAUCUCACCGUCAAUUCCAUGUUUUUAGGUUUGGAUGGGACACUGUAUGAUUUUUUUAAUGGCUACGAAGACUUGAAAAGCAGGAAAAUCAGAUUUGUAGGGAAGGCAAGUGAGAGAAUACAAGAAGAUUAUUUACGAAUCCUCAGAUAUUUCAGAUUUUAUGGAAGAAUUGCAGAGAAAGCUGGAGAUCAUGAACCUGCCACACUGCAAGCAAUUAAAGAAAAUGCCAAAGGUUUGGCUGGAAUAUCAGGAGAAAGGAUUUGGGUGGAACUGAAAAAAAUCCUUCUUGGAAACCAUGUAAAUCAUUUGGUUCAACUUAUGUAUGAGCUGGACAUUGCCCAGUACAUAGGGCUCCCACUUGAUGGGAAUUUAGAGGAGUUUGCCAGAGUCACUAAAAAUAUUCAGAAUCUGUCUCCAAAACCCAUGACUGUCCUGACAUCCCUGUUCAAGGGGAAGGAUGAUGUCACCAACCUUGACCUGAGGCUGAAAAUCUCCAAAGAAGAAAAGAACCUGGGCCUUUUCUUAGUGAAGCACCGCCAGGAACUGAGCAAGGCCACGGGGCCAGAACCACUGAGGCCAUACCAGGACUUUUUGAUGGAUUCUAGGGAAGCCAACACAAAUUCCAAGAUCUUCGAGCUCCUGAAGUACCAAGGAGAAGAGCAGCUUUUAAAGGAGAUGCAGGACUGGACUGUUCCCACUUUCCCUGUCAGUGGCCAUGACUUACGGAAGAUGGGAGUGACUUCUGGGAAGGAAAUUGGAACAGCCCUGCAGCAGCUGAGGGAUGAGUGGAAAAAGAGUGGAUACCACAUGGAUAAAGAGGAACUGCUGAGCUGCCUGAAGAGGGUGUAAAAUGAAUAACAACAGAACUGUUUGUGCCCUGAUCCAACUUGGAAUAUCUUGUCCCUCACAGCCAGUAGAGCUUCUGUGACAUUUAACACCUUCAGUUACUAAUCCAUCAUUUCUGCAAGGAGAGGUUUAAUUGUGUAAUAAUGUAAGACAUUAUUUGCCAAGUUCCACAUUUUCUACCUCUCUCUGUUGUAUUUAGUGAUAAAUAUUUGCUGCUUUAUCAUGACUUUGAGGCACUAGAGGUGACAGCAAGGUUUUUCUCAUUCUGACUUUGCUAUAUCUAAAAAAAACCCCCACAAAUCUUCAAAAAAAGUGUUUCUAUCCUCUAGAUAAAAUCAGGGAGGGUUUUUUGUGCCUAAGAGAUUGACAGUGUCUGGAAAUAGUGAGCUGUAAUUUAACUCUUUGUAGUUAAAGCUGGAUACCAGAUGGAAACACUCCAGCAGUUCCCAAACAGUCUUACCAUGGAAAACCAGUCUGUUUCCUAGAAAUAUUUUUAUUUUCCAGAAUUCCAGAAUCAGUUCUAGAUUAAAAGGAUGACUGGGCUGAGUCAGUAUCGUGGACUUCUUGUCUCUUCAGUAGCUUUUCAGUAACUUACCACUGAGUAAUUAAAUCCAGGGAGAGCUGGUGGAGGGUUCUACAGCGUGUGAAACAAACUAUUAAUGUUAAUUAGCAUUAAUUGGGUGGAGAUCCAGGGUCCUUGCCUUGGGAAGUUGGGUUUUUGGAGCACUGCUGUCUCCAUGAAUGUGUCUUUACUAUCCCUGGCUUUUUUGGUGUACUGUUAAAAACAAAAAAUAACUCUCAUUGAGAGCAGCUCUUGUGUGUAUAAACUUUAUUGCAGGUUGAAGUUUUCCUACAAAACCAUGGUAACUAAUAAAAUCCUUUGGAUUUCA